CCGGCCUGUCAGUCUACACCGAGAAGCCGCUCAGGCACCAUCACCAUCUCUCUCGCCGCAUUCUCCCGAAGAGGGAACGAGAGCGAGAGGGAGACGAGGGAGAGAAAGAAACGAGAAAAGAGGGCCCGCGUCGAGUACCGAGGAUAGAGAGGACACGCUGCAACGAAGGACGAAUCGCUAAGAAGUGCCUCCGGUGGCGGGCCCGAUCUGUCCACCGUCAGGAUGUCGAGGUUGCUGCUGAUCGUUUCGCUGGCCAGCUUGCUGCUGGACCACCAAACGAGAAGCGAGAUCCUGACGCCGCCGUACUUCAACUUAGCCGAGGGCAAAGAGAUCAUCGCGUCGGCCACGUGUGGCGUCGACACCCCCGGCCCGGAACUUUACUGCAAGCUCGUCGGCGCGAACGCUGAUCAGCACGAGGAUAUUAAUCUGAUACAGGGUCAGGUAUGCGAUUAUUGCGAUCCGGAGAACCCGGAAAAGAGGCAUCCACCCGAGUAUGCGGUCGAUGGGAUGGAAACCUGGUGGCAGUCGCCGCCUUUAUCCAGGGGAAUGAAAUACAACGAGGUGAACCUGACGAUCAAUCUCGGGCAGGAAUUUCACGUAGCGUACGUUUAUGUAAAAAUGGCAAACUCUCCAAGGCCAGGGCUUUGGGUACUCGAGAAGUCGAAAGACUACGGGAAAACUUGGUCACCCUGGCAAUAUUUCUCCGAUACGGUAAACGAUUGCUUGACUUACUUCGGCGUGGACAGUCACAAACCCAUCACCAGGGACGACAGCGUAAUCUGUACCACGGAAUACUCUCAAAUCGUGCCGCUGGAAGGUGGCGAAAUACCCAUUUCGAUCUUGAACAAUCGUCCAUCCGCUAAGCACUACUUUAACUCCACCCUCUUACAAGAAUGGACAAGAGCGACAAACGUUCGCUUCCGUUUCUUACGAACGAAAAACUUGUUGGGACACUUAAUGUCUUUGGUACGAGAGGACCCUACGGUGACCAGAAGAUACUUUUACUCCAUCAAAGAUAUCAGUAUCGGUGGCAGGUGCAUGUGCAACGGCCACGCAGAUACGUGCGAUAUUCUGGACCCGAAGAUGCCGAAGAAACUCUUUUGCAGAUGCCAGCAUAACACUUGCGGGCCUCAGUGCGCGACUUGUUGCAGAGGGUUCGAGCAGAAGAAGUGGCGGCAGUCCACGGCGUUCAAAAAGUUCACUUGCGAACCUUGCAAUUGUUUUGGCCAUUCGGACGAGUGCGUGUACGACCCGGAGGUGGACGAGAAGCACUUGUCCCUGGACAUCCACGGCAACUACGAGGGCGGCGGUGUGUGCCAGAAUUGUCGCGAUAACACGGAGGGGAUCAACUGCAAUCGUUGUAAACCGAAGUUCUACAGGCCGCAUAAUAUGCCUCUCAACGCGACUGAUGUUUGUCAACCUUGCCAAUGCGACGUUCUUUAUUCAACCGGAAAUUGCGCCGACGCUACUGGCAAAUGCGAGUGUCGAAAAGAAUAUACCGCGCCAGAUUGUGACAGUUGCAGCUUCGGAUAUUACGGAUACCCGAACUGCAUUCCCUGCCAGUGUCAUAGAAACGGAACUAGCGGGGAUCACUGCGAAGCGAUCGACGGAUCUUGUCCUUGCAAAUCGAAUUACGCUGGCCAUUACUGCAAUCUGUGUGCUGAGGGCUACUACAAUUUUCCUGAAUGUUUACCUUGCCAAUGCAAUGCUUUGGGUUCCCUUGGGAAUAUAUGCGAAGUCGUUUCCGGAAAUUGCACUUGCGAAAACAAUUACGGUGGGAGAACAUGCGACAUUUGCGAAGAUGGUUAUUUCAACUAUCCUUACUGUACAUUCUGUAAUUGCGAUACGCGGGGAACCGUGCCUGGAGUUUGCGACAAGACGGACGGAUCUUGCCUCUGCAAGGAAGGAUACGGCGGUCCCAGAUGCGAUCAAUGUAUCAGUGGAUAUUAUGGAUAUCCGAACUGCAGGCCUUGCAAUUGCAGUUACAUAGGGUCGCCUUCGAUUAGCUGUGACGUAAUCGGAAAAUGCUCUUGUCUGGCCAAUUUCGCCGGAAAAACGUGCGAUCAGUGCAGUCCCGGUUAUUACAUGUAUCCGGAAUGCAUAGCCUGCAAUUGCGACAGCCAUGGAUCGAUCGGCGCUUCUUGCGAUUUAGAGGGCAAAUGCCAAUGUAGAGAAAAUUUCGACGGUGCCAGGUGCAACCAGUGUAAAGAAGGGUUUUACAACUUCCCUACCUGCGAGGGAUGCAAUUGUGAUCCGGCAGGUAUCGUGGAGACAUUCCAGGGAUGCGGUUCUUUACCAGCUGGUGAAUUGUGUCAAUGCAAGGAUCGUGUCGAGGGUAGGAUAUGCAACGAGUGUAAGCCGCUCUACUGGAAUUUGCAGCCGUAUAAUCCCCAGGGUUGUGAAGAGUGUCAGUGCAAUAUACCUGGUGUCAUCGGGAACAUCGGCGAAUGCGACACAAAGACCGGUCAGUGUAUUUGUAAACCGGGAGUAACCGAGAGAAACUGCAACCAGUGCAUAGACGGGACGUACAAUCUUCAAGAAAGCAACUUCUUCGGUUGCACAGAUUGCGCUUGCGACAUCGGUGGUUCCGUCAACCCUGUAUGCGACAAGCUAACGGGUCAGUGUCAAUGUCAGCCACGUAUUACGGGUCUCACGUGCAACGAGCCAUUGAAAGCUCACUAUUUCCCGACGCUGCAUCAAUUCCAAUACGAGGCGGAGGAUGGGAGGACGCCCAGCAACAAUCUCGUUCGUUACGGUUUUACCGAAGAACAUUUCCCCGGGUACAGUUGGAAGGGUUACGCGGUGUUCUCCGCCCUCCAGGAUGAAAUUAUUCUGAACGUGAACAUACAGAAAUCAUCCCUCUAUCGAAUGGUCUUGAGAUACGUGAACCCGAACAAUGAACCGAUCCUGGGCACGAUCACUAUCACGCCUGAGAACCCGUCCGAGGUGGAGCAAGUGUUUAAAGUAAAUUUCAAGCCGACCGUGAAGCCAUCGUUCGUUACUGUCGCAGGGCCUCAAGGUAAUCUCCCCUCGCCUAUGGUGAUGAACCCGGGCCACUGGUCCAUCAGCAUUGGCACUAAGAAGAGUCUUUUCCUCGACUAUUUCGUACUUCUUCCAUCCGAGUAUUACGAGGCAACCAUUCUGACUCAAGACGUGAACAUUCCUUGCGAGGUUGGUUAUAAAGGACUUUGCAGGCAUUACGGUUACCCGACUCUAACGAGGUUCGACUCCGUUCACGGAGCUGGCGGAUUCAUGAACGAGAACAACGCCAGAAUUCGUCUGACUGAAUAUUUCACUGAGAAAGACAUCUUGGAGGAAAUCGAUCGAGACGAAGUUCCAUUGAUUAACAAUAAACAGGAAGAGAUACAUUUUGAUCUAAGGAUCUCGAAACCAGGUCCUCACGUUCUACUAGUUACUUAUAUAACGCCUAAGGAUGAGGAUACCACGUCGACUCUUUUAAUCGAAGCCAAUACCGUUGGCAAAGGCAAAGCCACGCUUUAUCCAUGCAAAUACACCAGCGUUUGCAGACAAGUGGUGACCGAUAUGUAUGGAAGAGUAGCUACGAUGAACUUCCCUACGAAUUACAUCAGUUUGGUACUGACUGGUGAACCGACUUCGAACGUAGCUAUCGAUUCCGUCAUCGCAAUUCCUUACCACGAAUGGUCUCUCGAUUACGUGAAGCCGAAAUCAAUAUGCGUGAGGAAAGACGGAAAAUGCGUGAAGGGUCAGUUCCCGGGUGCAGCGGACGCUAAAAAGAUCGAGUUCGAAACCAGCAGCACAGUCCCCGAGGCAGAGAACAGACCAUACGGUAUCUUCGAUAACAAUACCAAAUUAAUCUACUUAGAUGAUAAGAACACGAUGGUGGAUAUUCACGCGAAGGUUGUUCAACCCGGAGACUAUACUUUCGUUGUUCAAUACUAUCAACCAGACUAUCCGGAAUACGAACUGGAUGUACUGGUCCAAAAUGGUAAAUUCUACGAAGCGAAGAUAUCCGUUCCCCAUUGUCCUAGCAAUAGUGGAUGCCGCAGCGUGGUAAAACAGGCCGACGGCGACAUUAGAUUCCAGCUGAUCGAGAACUUCAUGAUCACGUUCAAAGAAAACGCGGACAAGGGUAUCUGGUUAGACUAUAUGCUAGUAAUACCAACGGAUCAGUACAACGAGAAAAUCCUGAAGAAGAUCCAGUUCGACCAAACGAAGGAGUUCAUCAAGAAGUGUGGCUACAAUCAUUUCCACAUAAACGCAACCGAGGAAGGUUUCUGCCGCGACUCGAUAUUCUCUCUGACGGCUAAUUACAACAAUCGCGCCUUGCCUUGCAACUGCGAGCUCGACGGAACCAUAAGCUUCGAAUGCGAGAAAUUCGGCGGCCAAUGCCCAUGCAAGCCUAAUAUCAUCGGAAGGCGAUGCGAGAUCUGUAAAACGGGAUUCUACGGGUUCCCCAAUUGCAGACCUUGCAAUUGUCCCAGUACGGCACUUUGCGAACCGGACACAGGCGCCUGUAUUUGUCCUUCCAGAGUUACCGGUGAACGCUGCGACCAGUGCGAAGUUGGAACUUACGGAUUCCAUCCGAUCAUCGGCUGCGAAGAGUGCAAUUGUUCUCCUCUAGGCGUGAUCGACGGGGAUCUUCAAUGCGACCUGCAGAAUGGUAGCUGUAGGUGUAAAGAAAACGUCGUGGGAAGACAGUGUGACAAAUGUGAAGCCGGUUACUCGCAAUUCCCUCAUUGCGAGAGGUGCGACUGCGAUACCAGAGGAACCACUGCGAAUAUCUGCGAUCAGUACACAGCCGAGUGCUUCUGUAAGGAGAACGUACAGGGUCUUGCUUGCGACCUGUGUAAGGAGGGAACGUUCAAUAUUCAAGAGAGCAACGAGGAAGGUUGUACCAAGUGUUUCUGUUUCGGGAAGACCACCAGGUGCACGUCCGCGAGUUUAUACCGAACGUACGUGUCCGACUUGACUAACUGGGAGUUGGCUUUUUCCAACGAGAAGGGUGGAAAUAUGACGUAUCUGGCAACGAUCCCGCAAGAAUUUAACACCACGACUAUCGCGAUCGAUCUCACAGAGAACGAAACCUUCGAGAAUAUCGUUUAUUUCUCAGCACCAGAAACGUAUCUUGGAAAGAAAUUGACUUCCUAUGGAGGACUCUUGAGUUAUACCGUUUAUUAUACCACCGGACCAUUCGGUAGCGCCGUUAGUGCACCUGAUGUGAUUCUGCAGGGCGCGGAUACGAUACUUUUCUAUUACGCUGACGAACAACCACCGUCAUUCACCAACUUCCAAACCUCUGUGGAAUUAAUCGAAACGAACUUCUUGACCCAAAAUCGUCUUAGCGCCACCAGAGAACAGUUGAUGGUGGUUCUCGAGAAUCUCAGAGGAAUAUUCAUUCGAGCUAUGUAUUGGAAUCCUAGCAUAACUGCAUCGUUGUCGUACGUGACUUUGGACGUGACCACGGAAGCCUAUUCACCUCAAUAUAGUCUCGCUAGCAGUGUCGAACAGUGUCAAUGUCCGCCGAACUAUCAGGGACUCUCUUGCGAGGAAUGCGCGCCAGGGUAUUACAGAGUGGAGUCGGGACCUCAUGGAGGCUACUGCGUACGCUGUGAGUGCAAUGGUCAUUCUGAUAUUUGCGAUGUCGACACUGGAAUAUGCCUGGAUUGCAGAAAUGGCACGAGGGGAGACCACUGCGAGUUUUGCGAAGACGGAUACUACGGUAACGCUACCGGAGGAACUCCCACGGAUUGCUUGAUCUGCGCUUGCCCCUUGCCUAUCACGACCAACAACUUCGCCCUCGGAUGCGAAGUUAACGAAGAAGGUAACAAGAUCAGCUGCGACUGUAUUCCCGGUUACUACGGCGCCCGUUGCGAGGUCUGCGCUUCCGGUUUUUACGGGAACCCCGAGAUCUACGGCGAGUUCUGCAGGCCCUGCGAGUGUUCCGGCAAUAUCGACACGAACCAAGUCGGCUCCUGCGAUUCCAGGACUGGAGAGUGUUUGCAGUGUCUGAACAACACCUACGGGGAAGCUUGCAAUCUAUGCAAGCCAGGUUUCUUCGGCGACGCCGUCCAGAAGAAGGACUGUCGGAGCUGUUUGUGCGAGGAGUGCGGAUUGGAGCACUGCGACAGCUACACGGGCCAAUGUUUCUGCCGCGAGAACGUGGUCGGUGAUCGAUGCGAUCGUUGCGCGGACGAUCACUACGGGUAUGAAACCUGCGACGGUUGUAAACCGUGCGAUUGCGGAAUCGCGUCCGAGAGCAGACAAUGCGACGACGCUACCGGUCAGUGCAAAUGCAAGCCGGGCGUCACUGGACGCAAAUGCGACCAGUGUAUCCCCGGUUAUUGGAAUUACGGACCGGAUGGUUGCACAUCUUGCGAGUGCAACACCGGGUACUCGGUCGGGGUUUCUUGUAAUACAACUACCGGCCAGUGCAGCUGCUUGCCGGGCGUCAUAGGAGAAAAAUGCGACCACUGCCCGUAUAGGAACGUGUUCAUCAGUGCUCAGGGCUGCUUCCCCUGUGAUUCUUGUACAGGAAAUCUAUUAGACGUCACAGACGAGUUGUCGAACUUGUUGGAACCCGUUUUUAAGGAUUUCGACACCGUGGCUGAAAGCUACUUCACCAAUCAAAGACUGAAAUUCAUCAACGACACAGUGAACGAUUUGUAUCCUGAGGUGAAAUUAUUGGAUCCCAGCAGAGUGAACUUUUUACCGCUGCAGCAGGAAGUGGUUAGACUGGAGAUCGAAAUGUCGAAUCAGAAACGUGGAAUCGAUUACACCGCUGAGGACAGCAUUAAAUGGAAACAUGCUGCGGAGAACACCUUGAAAGACAUGAAUCUCUUAGACGCGGACGUGCUUAACGAGAUAGACUUGGUCAGAUCGAUAGUCUCGGAAGUAGAGUCUUUAGUGUCAAACAUUGAGUUCGGUACCGGCGCGAGAUUGGAUAAUGCGUUAGAAGAGGCCGCGAAUAUACUCCAGAAGAUCCAAGAAGUGUCGUUCGUCGCCUUCCGGGACGACGCAACCGAUCAAGCGGAUCAAGCCAAUAUUCUCGUAUCAGAGAUGCACGAGUACAACGUGCCGAUCAACAAUGUAUCCUCUAUAGCAGACAAUCUCAGCAGCAAGAUUAAAAACGUGACCACUAAGAUCGACGACCUUCUGGAUAUCACGUGGAAGGCGCAGGAAUUAGCUAGCUUGGUCGACAGAUUGAAUCAGGAAAACAGAAUCGCGGCGGACACAGGAAACUUCGACAUGUUGAAAAACGCCACUGCGGAAGCCAAAGAGGAUUUAAUGGCCGGGGAACAGUUAAACAAAAACGCCAGUCAAUAUCUGGACGAGGCGAAUCGCAAUGUGGAAUUAUUGCGUGGAAAUGAAAUAAAUGAUCAAACGGAAACAUUGAGCAAAACGAUUCUAGAGAACGAUGACAUGCUACUGGAGAUCGUGCAGACGGAGCAGAGCGCGCGUGACCAUGCUGAUUAUCUUCACAACCGAUCCUUAGAUUUAGAUAGCCUUUUAACCGACACUAGGAACACAGACGCUGUGAAAGCAGUCUCCGCUUAUAGAAAUAUCGGUACUGCCAUCGAAGCUGCGAGCAAAGCUGCAAGCGAAGCCGUUGAUGCCGCGAAUAAUGCCACGCUCCUCUCGGACGGCAUCGAGCAAAGAAUGAUAAACUCGCACAACUCGUCUAUGCAUCUGCUAGAAUCGGCGAGAAACACUCUGGCAAAAACGAAGGGAAAACCGGAAGAAGAUUUGAGCGAUGCUCGCGUCGAGGCUUCGUUCAUUUCCGAGCAGAACAAACAAAGCAAAGAUAUUUUGGAUUACAUUGACAAAAUACUUGCCAACAUUCAGUCGCCUUCUUCGACGAUGACUCAGGAAGCUAUGAAUCAGAUCGUAGACGUGGAGAAGAACAUUAGAGGUUCGAUUAACAACAUGAACGGUAUCGUUGAUAAUAUCCCGGAGGAACUGAAGGAGGCGAAGCAAUUGUCGAAGGACAUCUCAGAGACUACUCGCGAUAUAUCGCAAGCGAAGAAGCAGCUCGAUAUUAUCGACAAGUACCUUCCGAGCAUCGCUGAUUUAUUGGACGGGUUGAAUGUAAAUCAGAAGUCGAUUGAAACCAAUGGGAACGAUCUGCAUGAGAAAAUCGAAGUGUUGAAAACUAAAAUCGCAAAUGCCAGAGAAUUGGCUGAUCGUUUCAAAGUCGGAUUAACUUUCUACAGGAACACCACCCUCGAGCUAAAGAAUCCCGAGAAUCUUCCUUUAUUAGCUACCGCGACGAAGAUAUCUUUGUACUUCAGAACGAAUAGCACCAACGGUUUUCUCCUCUAUCUCGGAAACGAGGAUAAUGCCAAACUGUCGCGAUCGAAGACGCACGAUUUCAUGGCUUUGAUGAUCGAGGGUGGUUACCCAGUGUUGAUUCUCGACUUUGGGUCAGGACCCGAGAAGAUUAUCAGUAAUAAAUUUGUGUCUGAUGAUGUCUGGCGACAGAUAAUCGUGGACAGGACAGGGAAGAACGUGAAACUGCUCGUCCGCGAGGAUAUUGGUGAAGGCAAUUACCGGUUGUACGAAAAGGGACACGUGCUACCCGGUUCGUACUCGAUAUUCAACGUGGACCCGGAACACUCGAAGUUAUUCGUCGGUGGUUAUCCGCCAUCGUUUAAUAUGCAGAGCGCCGUGACGGCGUCGUCCUUCGAAGGUGAGAUGGAGGAGCUCGUGAUAGGAGAAGACACACCGGUCUCGUUCUGGAACUUCAUUGAUGGGGAAAAUAAUCAAAAACCAGCCGAAGAGAGAGACAAACUGAUCAACUUGCAACCCAGCACUGGUUACAGGUUCGACAAACAUGGAUACGCUAUUUUGAGUAAAAAGGAUUUCCAAAUCUCCCCGGACAGUAAGAAGUUCGGCAUUAAGUUGAACUUGAAGACUUUCGCGGAGGAUGGAUUGAUCUACUUGAUGGGCAAGGGCAAACAGUUCCUGUCUUUGGAGAUGAAGAACGGUCACGUUCUUUAUCAGUACGACCUUGGAGGCGGAGAAGUUAAUUUAAGAUCCGUGCGGAAAUAUAACGACGGAAAUUGGCACGAUGUGGAAGCCCUCAGAUUCGAAAAAGACGGUGUUCUCAAAGUAGACGGAGUGGACGUGGUGAAGAGCAAAGCUCAAGGAAAUACCAAGCUCUUGGUAUCCUCGGACAACAUUUACUUCGGAGGAUAUCCACCGAACGCUAAACACCCUUACGUAUCUGUGACCAACAACGGCUUCGAGGGUUGCAUCGACAACGUAGCUAUUUUGGAUACUAUAAUUGAUCUAACUCGUAAUAUCCAAGCGUUCGGUGUUAUUCCUGGCUGUCCAGUGCGGUUUGCCAGUUUGGUAUCUUUCGAGGAGAAUGCGCCUGGCUACGUGAGGUGGCAAAACAUCUCCGUAGAGGACGUUCUCCAAGUAAACUUGAAGUUCAGAACUCUGGCGAACGACGGCCUGAUCUUUUACGUGACCGAUCACGAGAAAGGCGUGGUCAGCUAUCUGUCGCUGAUCGACGGCGUUCUCGUGUUCAACAGCCAGGGCGAGGAAUUGCGAACGAGCUCCGCGGGUAUUAAAUUCAACGACAACGAGUGGCACGUAAUCACGGCUACGCACUCGCGCGAAUCCCUGAAACUCGACAUCGACGACACCAAGAAUUAUAAUUCUGAUCGAGAACCGCCAGUAUUAAACAUACCAUAUGGUAGCCUGUAUAUCGGUGGUUUACCUGCCGCUUUCGGCAUCCCUCAAACUGGCGCUAUGACGCCGUUCGUAGGCUGUGUCGGAGACGCGACUUUGAACGGAGUCAUCAUUAAUUUCGCGAAUACGACCGAGCGGCCUCACGCUCUUCUCGGAAAGUGCAAGCUCGGAGACUCGUCGUCUAUACCGUCUGUACCUGAGCCAGAACCGGACAUCCCACCGCCUCUGUUGCCAACGGAAAGUCCGGACGAUAACAUCGAAGUGUCUACGCAGAACAAUGUGAUCGAUUUGGAUGGAGAGAAAGAUGUCGACGAAGAGGAGCCUACUAUCGAGGGUCGCGGUAACUACCAUGAAGAGAUUACGACCACUGAAGCGACGACUUCUACUCAAAGAACGACACCCUUGUACAUUGAUCAAUGCCGAUUGCCAUAUUACCCGGCUGACGACCCUGAUCAAGAUAAUACUUGGAGAUUCGGCACCAAAAGUAACAGUAGAUUAGAGUACAAGACAGUGAACGGUAGAUACAGGAACAAUUACGACUUCCAGAUUGAUAUUAAGACUACGGCCGAAAAGGGUAUUAUAUUUUACACGACGGACCUUGCCAAUCAAAGCCUAAUCGCUGUAUACGUCAACGACGGAAAGCUUCAUUAUAAAUUCGAUUGCGGAAGUGGACCUGCGCUAUUGGUGAGUAGAACGGAGAUAAAUGACGACGACUGGCAUAUCGCGAUAUUCAAAAGGAAAGGAAACUACGGAGAGCUAAUUGUCGACGAAGAUGAUGCAGUAACCGGAUUUUCUCAAGGGCUGAUGGAGACUAUGAACGUUAGUCCACCGUUCUACGUCGGAGGAGUACCACAAGACAUGUCCAGCAAAGUACUCAGUAUGAUUGAAACGAAUCAGACUUUCAAUGGAUGUUUAGGAAACUUUAUGGUGAAUGGACAACCGGUUGGUGAACCAUCGAUCAAUGUAGGCGUGAUACAAUGCUCGAAACAGGUCGAGCCAGGAUUAUUCUUCUAUCCUGGUAAUGGUAGCAAUUGGUUCAGAGCAGUGGACAGAUUUACGGUCGGGAAAACGAUCGAUAUUCAAAUGGACAUCAAACCACGCACGACUUCUGGUCAUUUGCUAUCCGUACAUGGAAAGCGAGAUUUCUUGGUCUUGGAAAUGAUCAACGGAACUGUGAAGUUCCUCGUAAAAACAUUGAAGGGCUCGAUAGAGACUUCGUUCGAACCGACAGACCCGAACUCUUUGUGCGAUGGCAACUGGCACAAUAUUCGAGCUGUCAAGCAGAAGAAUGCGGUACUGUUAUCGGUGGACCACAAAGCAGCCGCACCGGGUAUCGGUGGUAAAAGCGUGUCUGGUGUCCUCUCGAAGCAUCCGAUCUACAUCGGUGGCCAUCCGAUGCUUGGGAAGAGGUUACGCGGAAGCACAUCGCAGGCACAAUAUGUAGGGUGCAUCACAAACAUUCACAUUAACAUGAGGCCCAUCAAUCUGGGCCCCGAACGCGCUUACGGACGCGUCGUCACUGGCGUGUGUCCGACAAUAUAAGAAAUCUCCGACAACGUAAUAUCAAAACGUCUUCCAAUUAAUUUCUGGUUAAUAAAGAAACGAUGACUCUCGGAUACAGGAUUACGCGAUUCCUGUUAAUAUUUCUUUCAUAAAAUUGUAUAUCUUAGUUAUAUUUUAAGUGAUCUAAAAAAUAGCUUGUUGGUUGAGAAUAAAAUUGGAAUCGUCACGUAUUAAA